CUGUCUCCUACAACCCACCCAGGCUUGAUCAACCUCCCCAAAGCUGCAACAAACAGAGGGGUGUGGGCUGUCACGUGGCCUUGAACAACCACACUCUCACUUCCUUCUUUUACACACGGCCGUUGGGCUUGGUGCAUUCUGAGACCACGGCAGGGGUGCCACAGCCGUGCGCGGCAGCACUGGCUGGGUCCUUGUCACUAAAGCAGAGAAGCCACUUCUCGUGGGCCCACCAGGCAGCUGUCUCAUGCUCUGCUGAGCACGGUGCCAUGUUUCUGCAACUCCUCCUACUGCUGAUCCUGCUGGGCCCUGACAGCAGCCUCCAGCUGCAGGAGACCCAAGAGGAUAGAGCCAAGGAGACCACAACCUCCCUGCUCAACCACAGCCAGAGACAAGAGGAUGAAUAUAAUAUAGACACAGGCCCUCCAGAAAGGCUAAACUACAGCGCCAAGGCCCCCCAGCUUCUGCCCGUGGCAAGAAUAUUGAGGCAGAGAAGGUCUGCAGGGCCUACAACAGCUGAGCCAAUCACUCUGGAGGCAACCAUAAGAGACUCUGCUGUCCUGGAUGCAGGAGGGGCAGCCACUGGGAAUCUGAGCACAGAACUGGUCUCGGUCCCUCUGACCGAAGAACUGGUCACGGUCCCUCUGACUGAAGAACUGGUCUCGGUCCCUCUGACUGAAGAAGUGGUCACGGUAAUCCCUCCCACCAUGGAACAUCCAUCCACGGAGUGGCCUACAGAGGAGGUCACAUGGCCAGCAGACACAGUGGGAUUGGCCACAGAACCUACAGCCACAGAGGCCCUGUCCAUGAAGGCCCUGUUGACAGAACCCACUGCCACAGAGGCCCUGUCCACAGAACCCACUGCCACGGAGGCCCUGUCCACAGAACCCGCUGCCACGGAGGCCCUGUCCACAGAACCCGCUGCCACGGAGGCCCUGGCCACAGAACCCGCUGCCACGGAGGCCCUGGCCACAGAACCCGCUGCCACGGAGGCCCUGGCCACAGAACCCGCUGCCACGGAGGCCCUGGCCACAGAACCCGCUGCCACGGAGGCCCUGGCCACAGAACCCGCUGCCACGGAGGCCCUGUCCACAGAACCCGCUGCCACGGAGGCCCUGUCCACAGAAUCCGCUGCCACGGAGGCCCUGUCCACAGAAUCCGCUGCCAUGGAGGCCCUGUCCACAGAACCCACUGCCACAGAGGCCCUGUCUAUAGAACCCAGAGUCAUAAAGUCUCUGUCCCUGGAACUGGCCACCACGGCAGCCUCUUCCAUGGAGCCCACUACUGCAGGGGCCCUGCCCACAGAUCCAGCCACCAUGAAGGCCCUGCCCACAAGACCUGCUACUACAAGGGGCCUAACCACAGCCCUUCCUGUGCCCUCUGAUCCGCCCAAGAGCAGCAAUGUGCCAGCUAGCAUUUCCUGCACGGCCCCAAGCCCCACAGAGGGCCUGUUGGACCCCAGCUCCGUGAAGCAGUGUCUGCUGGCCAUCCUCAUCCUGGCCCUGGUGGCCACCAUCUUCCUCGUGUGCACCGUGGUGCUGGCCAUCCGCCUCUCCCGCAAGAACCACCUGUACCCCGUGCGUGAUUACUCCCCCACCGAGAUGGUCUGCAUUUCGUCCCUGCUGCCGGAGGGGGGCGAGGUGUCCACUGCCACAGCCAACGGGGGCCUGCCCAAGGCCAAGAGCCAGGGCCUGAAGGCAGGGCAUGGGGCGGACCACGAGGGGGAUGACCUCACCCUGCACAGCUUCCUCCCUUAGCUCCGGGCCUGGCCUCCUGAGCGGGAGCAGCCCCCACGCUGCCUCCGUGGCCUGCUGGGCCACCACCCAUACCUAGGCUCUGUGCCACGGGCCGGGCUUUCUUGGAGCCCCCUAGGAUAGGAAUCUUUAGAGUGGGGACCCUGGCCUCCCUACACAGGACUGAGAGCAGCCAAGGUCCAGGCACCAAAGCAGGCCUGGCAAACAGAACCUCCAGUGGAGGCUGGAGAGGCCCCCUCCAGCUCCCUGCCUCCCAUGUGUUCUGGGCUCCCUCUAACACCUCCCACAGCUGUCCUCCCUCCCCUGGCAGCUGCAGUCUCAUCCCCUUGAGCCCAGGAAGACUCAGAGUUCCCUGCCCCCACCCCCACCCCACUGCCAUUUUCUUUCCGUUGCCACAGGAAAUGGGCAUUUUGGGGUGGAGUGUCAGAUUCCUGAGUUCAUUUCCUGUCACUCCCCCAUUUGGGAUAUCUCUCCGAGGAACCCAGAGUGAAGUCUGGGCCUGUGGGGGCUGGGAAGCCUUGAAAGCCCAAGGCUACAGGCUUCUUCGGGACUUUGUAGACCAAUAAGCUUCCUUCUAGUGACAGAGUAACCCCUGUUGUGCCCUCCGUAGCCUCCCCGUGUGGCCUUGUUUUGGGGUGGGCUCUGCCUUGUUCACAGAAGUCUCCCAGGCCCCAGCCCAGGGCCCAGGAGAACACAGACACUCAGUAAAUAUUUGGU